AUGCCCCAUUUCUCCCCCCUUCAAAUCAGCUCAUUCCUCAUUCUUACUGUUGCUAUCGCAAUCUCAUACAAAUAUCUGACAGACCGCACAUCUACCGAGUCAGAGCCAUCUAUGUCCACAGCCAAAUCUCUCAAAACCGCUAUGACUUCCCUCUCCCACGCAAAGAUUGUACCCCGCCAUUCCAGCGCAAGAGGCCAUGCCGACCAUGGCUGGCUCAACACCUAUCACACAUUUUCAUUUGCAUCCUACUACGAUCCAGAAUUUCAAUCCUUCGGCGCCCUUCGUGUACUAAAUGAAGACCGCGUCGCACCCGGUAGCGGAUUCCCUACUCAUCCUCAUCGUGAUGCCGAAAUCUUCAGCUAUAUUCUUUCUGGAGAGCUCACCCACCGAGACUCAAUGCUACAAAAGGGGAGCGAAGGCACAAAUAAAGACACAUUUUAUAGAAUGAAGCGCGACGACGUGCAGUUCACAACAGGCGGCAAGGGUAUCGCGCACAGCGAAGGGAACGAGCACUCGAAAGACUGGGUCCACUUCCUGCAAAUAUGGGUGACUCCCUGGAAGAGAGGGCUGGAGCCAAGAUACCACACCAGCACAUUCAAUGAGGCAGAGAAGCGCAAGGGCUUUGUGUCUAUCAUUAGCCCGCUCAAAGGUGGGCCCAAUGCCACCGCGGACGAGGAGAAGGCAGCAGAACCUGUGAUAGCCGGCACUAUACCUAUACACGCCGACUUACUGUUCAGUGCCGGCAUAAUACCCAAGGGCGAGGUGUUCCAGUACAGGAUCGGUGGUGCAGAUGCAGUCCAGAAUAAAAUAGAUCGAAAGACGUACGUUCAUCUCGCAAUGACCAAGGGAGGAAAGGCAAAAAUCAAACUUGACGGAAGAGAAGGGUCUUUCUUGCAAGAAGGGGAUGGCGCGUUUGUCAGCAAAGUAAAUGCAGGUGAUGCCCUUUCCAUCGAAUCAGUCGGUGAGGAGGAAGCGGAGGUUUUGGUGCUGGAUUCGAAUUAG